AUGUGGACACCUCCCACAUUUUCUGGCAGUAGUUUCAGCACCGCUGGGCGGCAGCCUCCAGUUCCACCAGACACCAGGGCACCCCCUCCCUCUCCUGGAGGGACCAGGAUCUCUGUUCCCCGUUGGUGUUUUGCCACCGAGGCCCCUUGGGGAGAGACCGCUCUACCGAGGACCACAGUCCGAGGUCCACCUCUUCGCCUUCUCAGUCGGCCACCGGGGAGCCCACCUCUCUCCGCUCUGGACGUCUGGGCUCUCUGCAGCGCUUCCCCACGCCCAUCCGGGAGUCGAGUGCUCACUCCUCCAGUCGCCACUGUCACCACUCCGGGAGUCCCACCUAGUCCUCCUCCCACAGGCACCACCGCCCCAGGUCGCCUAAGGACAGUUGCUGGCAGCGAAGUGGACCCGCAAGGAGGACGCUCUGUCUUCCUGGCUCGGAGCGCAGCAGCUUCAGCAGCAGCAGGCCCAGGCCCCUCCAACCAACUUCCUGUGGUACGGAGAUCCCGCCUCCCUCCCCGGACCCCUCAGUGUUCUCAGAGUCCGGCCCAGCCAAAGUGGGCCGGGUCCUCACAGAGGCUGCUUGACUACUCCGACUCAGACCAGGAGUCGGCCUCUCAGGUAGCCCAGGCCACCCUGACCAAGGACACCAUGGAGAGGCAGCAGGCAGCCCUCGCCUUCUCCACUAUGGCAGGACUGGCCCAACUCAACGCCUGGUUGAAGGCACUGGCCGACAACCGUAACUACCUCCACCCAGACUCGGCAUUCGGCGUCUACAAGGCCCUAUCUACCCAGACUCGCCUCCGCCUCGGCUAUUAA